AUGGCUGAUGACGGCGUGAAAAACGAGGCUCCUGCCCCGCCGGAGGGCGAAAGCGAAGGUAACACCGGUGUUCCAAACCAAACCCUCUCCAAGAGGCAGAUGAAGAAGCUCCUGAAGCAGCAGAAGUGGGAGGAGGAACGAGACCUGCGGAAGCAGAGGAGGAAAGACAGGAAGCAGCAGCGCCGGCAGCAGAGGCAGAGCCUCCAGGAGAGGGGGGGGGAGGGUCCCGACGGCCAGAGCCACCGGGGGGGGGAGGGUCCCGACGGCCAGAGCGCCCGGAAGCGCCCGCGCAGGGAGGCCACGCCCAGCCCGCUGCGGCUGGUGGUGGACUGCAGCUUCAACAGCCUCAUGCACCUGAAGUUCUAUCUGACCAGCCUGGGGGGGCCGCUGAAACAGAGCAUGGACGAGAAGGACAAAGGAUGGCUGAACUGGAAGAACAUCACCAAGGACUAUAAGAUCGUCGGGGCGUACACGGAUGGGAUCAACGUGCUGGGCCUCAUCGUGUUCUGCGUCGCCUUCGGCCUCGUCAUUGGAAAGAUGGGAGAAAAGGGCCGAAUCCUGCUGGAGUUUUUUGACGCUCUGAAUGAAGCCACCAUGAAACUGGUCCAGAUAAUUAUCUACAUGCCUGUUGGGAUCCUGUUCCUCAUUGCUGCAAAGAUCAUUGAGGUGGAAGACUGGGAGAUCUUCCGGAAGAUGGGUCUUUAUAUGGUGACUGUGCUGAGUGGUCUAGCCAUUCACGCGACCAUCUGUCUGCCGCUCAUCUUCUUCAUCGUGGUGAGGAAGAAUCCGUACACGUUCACUCUGGGAAUGGCUCAGGCCCUGGUGACGGCGCUCAUGAUCUCCUCCAGCUCCGCCACCCUGCCCGUCACCUUCCGAUGCGCCGAGGAGAAUAACGGCAUCGACAAGAGGAUCACGCGCUUCGUGCUGCCAGUGGGGGCCACCAUCAACAUGGACGGCACCGCCCUCUACGAGGCGUAUCACAGCAACAGUUGCAAGUAUUGGAGCAGCGGGAGUCCCUAACGCUGGGCUGGUUACCAUGGUGAUAGUCUUAACAGCUGUCGGAUUACCUGCCAGUGACGUCACUCUGAUAGUUGCUGUUGAUUGGCUGCUGGAUCGAUUCCGCACCAUGAUCAACGUUCUGGGUGAUGCUUACGGAGCCGGAAUCGUUCAGAAACUAUCCAAGAGGGAACUAGAGAGGAUUGACCUGAUAUCGGACGUGGACGUGGCCAAUCCGUUUGCCCUCGAGGCCACCCUGGACGACGAGGAGUGUGAGAAGAAAUCCUACGUCAACGGAGGCUUCACCGUGGACAAGACGGACGCCAUCUCCUUCACAGAGACCUCGCAGUUCUAGCUGCAGGAGGAGGAGCUCAGAGGAGCGCUCAAAGUGCCACCCUGCUGCGGCUGAGAUGAGAAAAACCUCCCAUCAUGCACCGGCCCCAUAAAGAGAGAAAACGCUACCCCACCAGCCCAGUCAGGCGCCGUCAUCAGCAAUAGCUGCCUUCAUCAAGCUAAGUCAAUACAGCCACCCGCCAUUUUGGACAUUUAUAACAAACACUUACGGUAAUUCAAGUGCUUCCUUACAACACUUAAACUGUGCCAAGAUUAAGAAAAGUCUGCUUGUCUGCGUGGGAGAAUAUUUUUGGAUGUAUCUGAUGUGUGUGCGUCUGUAGUUAGCAAAAAAACAACAAAUCUGUUCAGACUGAUAAAAAUCUAAUGAUUAGAUGGCAAACAAAAUGUCUGACCGGUUCCUUUUUGUGGGCUGUUGUUUAAAAUCUAUAUUGCACUGCUUGUACAUUAAUAUAACUGUGUAUCUACAUGUAUAACAUGUUUAAAUGUGCCAAACUUAGACUUUUAUUUCGUUCGUUGGUUUGUUUUUCGAAGCUGCAUGAGGCAAUAUGUGAAAGAAAAGCGGAUCGCUGACUGCACAUAUUCUGAGGGAACCUCUGACAAACAGACUGAUGAAGUCAAGGAACACUGUGAACUCUGAAAACAUUCUACAGAGCCAGUUCUCUGGCAUUUAACCAUGUAUUACAAAAUAUCAAAGUUGUCUUUGUUCAGAAAAUGUAGGGAGGGUGUACAGUAUACUAAAUACUCCAAAAUGCACGUACUUUAGUGGGAACUUUUCAGUUGUUUAAGCAAUUUUGUCGCUGUUUUUCUACAUAUAUUCUUCCACAACUUAACAAGCAUAUUAUUCAAUAUGGUCUAAGAUCAGAAUGUGGGUCCAGAAGACAGAAGAAAAAUGUACAAACAUAUUAAUUUGAAGAGGACAUGAUUAUUGUUAUUAGGGUUAAUAGAAACAAACUUCUUUUGGGUUGAGAGAGGCACCUCAGAGGUGCACCAAUAAAUUUAAAUAAUCCUGUGACCCCAAAUAUUACACCGUUGUGUUCAUUCCAUUCGUAUGGACAUCCCGUAACACACAUCUAUGUAGGUAGGUAGUUUAUUUAUCCACAAGCCGAAUCAUCUUACCUCACUUUUUCACACAUUAUUUGUCGAAUUAAAAUGCCAAAUGUGUACUUAUAGGACAUGGGAUAUGGUAGGUACUUACAUUUUAAAGUCAUGUUUUUACUGUAGACUGAACUGCAAAAAAGCAGCAGCUGUUCCCUUUCACUCAAUUCUUUCUUAUUUGGUUUGCAUCUGAACGAUACGAUCCAUUAAAGUAAUACACUUAAAAACUUUGUUGACAUUUCUAUGGAUGAAGUCACUCAAAAAGGCCAAAUCUGCUUCUCUGCCUCUUUUUUUCCGUGCUCAUUUUUGCAGGAUCUGAUCAUCCGAACGCUUUCCUAAUUUUUGUAUGUAAAGAAUCAAGUUGUCUUGAUGAGGUUUGGUGCCUCUAUCAUUUUCCAGAACUGGUCGUAUAUUUAACCGCUUUCAGAUUUAAUUCCCACCUGACAGAGAUGCUUCAUUGUAACGUGAUAAAGACCAUUCAGGAUGACUCACUGAUUUGCAGUGAGCCUACUCUGUAAUGGAGACACAAAUGUCCCCACAGCAGAAAGGGGAUUUCAGAUCUCCGGACUGUCGGUAGGAUUUAUGAAUCCCGUUUUUGAAUCCAAGGCACAGUAAAAUGGCGGAUAACUACAUGAUGUGCACAAUUGAUGCUGUAAAUUCUACAAGAGUUUGAACAGGAACACAAACAUGCUGACCAUUUAGAUCAGGUAUGCCAAAUAGUCUGAUUUUUUUAAAGUAUAAAAUCCUCACAGUGAUAUAUAGUAAGAUACAGUCAGUAAUUAUAUUCUUAAACUUAAAAGUCUUAAUUCAUGAUAAUUAGACUGAUAAGCAAAACAACCAAUAUGUGCACUGAACUGUUUAAAUUAGAAAAACUUACUGUAGGGGGAAAUAAUAACUAGCUGCUAUCAUCAUGUCAUCAUUCGGCAGGAAACUCUUAGAGGAAGAAUUCUAUUUCAACAGUUAGAUUGGCAUUUAAAGGCCCUACUGUCCGAGGAAAGAGAUUGCAGGAAUUAUGUUAAUAUUUAUAUGUUAGAUGCCGAUCUAUCCAGGGUAAAUGCUGCAAAAAUGCUAAAAAAUGUCAAAUCUGAACUAAUCUGAAAAUAUCACAAGUAUAUGUACAGACUCACAUUAAAUUGUUCUUUUGUGCUUAUGGACAGAAAAAUAACCACAUGGAAGAAAAGACUGUGUUUUAAGAAUUAUGUUAAAAUGAUACAUCACAAUUAAAAUGCAACAAUUCCUAAAUUUGAAGUUAAAAUGUUAGAGAUAAACACACUUCUGUCAAUCUGAAAAGCUGAGUUUCCUUCCUGUUCAACUGUAAGGGAUCUGUGAUAACUUUACUUAAAAUGGUGAUUUUAAAUAAAUGACAGGUAGAUCAAGGUCCUGUGAGUAUUUUGUGGCAGCUGAAAAGUGAAAGGGCCAGAAGUUUAAACCUCAUCACACAGUACAGUGUGUUCUAUUCUGAUCUGGACAUUCAAACGUAGUUAGUUUUCUAUUAUUCAUUUACCAGGCAAAACAAUUCCCAAAAGAUUUGCAUCCCAAAACAGCAGCAAUACUACGUCACAAUGCUGAAACAGUUAAGGAAGACAUCCAGUAACUCUUCCAGCAUGAGACUGUCCUGGGGGGGGGGUUGGUGGUUCUGGGAUCCUGCCCCUCAGCUCUGUGGUCAGCACACUGACCACGUCGCAGCUUUCUGUGUGAAACACUUUUGAGCAACAACUGAUAUUUCUAAUCUGACUGCAGAAAUGGAUUCUGAGAUCUUUCGGGUCCAAAUAUCUGUACUGGACACAGCCUUAAAUAGGACGGGUCAGCAACCCUAAACAUUCAAAGAGCCUUUUUAACCCGUUUCCCACAGAGAAACAAAGAG